AUGGCCACCGCUAACAAGCACUCGAAGCUGCUGAUAUGCGCGAUCGGCAUAUUCGUAUGCUACUUCUACUUCGGCAUGCUGCAGGAGAAGAUCACGCGCGGCCAGUACGGCGACGGGGAGAAUCGUGAGAAGUUCACGUACAUGUUCGCGCUGGUGUUCGUCCAGUGCCUGGUGAACUACGUGUUCGCCAAGACGAUCCUGCUGACGGUGAUGAAGCAGGGCGAGGACACCACGUCGACGCUGUACUACGCGCUGUCAUCCCUCACGUACCUCCUCGCGAUGGUGUGCAGCAACAUGGCUCUACAAUUCGUUAGCUAUCCCACGCAGGUGAUCGGCAAAGCCGGCAAGCCCAUCCCUGUGAUGAUACUCGGUGUCCUGCUGGGGAAGAAGGUAUACCCAAUUAGGAAGUACGUUUUCAUCUUCCUGAUUGUCAUCGGCGUUGCACUGUUCAUGUACAAGGACGGCGGCGUUACCAAGAAGCAGUCCGACUCGCAGUUGUCGGUCGGGGAGUUGUUGUUACUACUGUCGUUGACGAUGGACGGGCUGACGAGUGCGGUGCAGGAGCGGAUGAGAGCGGAGCACAACUCGAAGUCAGGUCACAUGAUGCUCAACAUGAACGUGUGGUCUGCCGUUUUAAGCGGCAUAGUGAUACUCGUUUCCGGAGAGCUCGUCGAGUUCAUUCGCUUCCUGCAACGCUACCCCACUACCGUGUGGCAUAUAACGACGUUUUCCGUAGCCGGGGCAUGUGGGCAGUACUUUAUAUUUCUGACUGUAGCCGAGUUCGGUCCGCUGCCCUGCUCGAUCAUCACCACCACUAGAAAGUUCUUCACUGUCCUAGGUUCUAUAUUGAUCUUCGGUAACAGUCUCUCUUCCAGGCAGUGGUUGAGUACGUUUAUAGUAUUCUCAGGUCUGUUCCUAGACGCCAUGUAUGGCAAGGAUAAGAGCAAGAAGGAUAUCGUCAAAUAGGAUUUACGCGCGAUUAUUGUCUCAACGUCUACUCGAACGGACGAAUCUGUCGAGUAGUACGUACUUCCAGUACGUACGUUUAAGUUACUGUAUGAUUAAAGAUUUAUUUAAAGUGCUUAACACUGAAGAGUACGAGUUAGAAAGGAUUUCUAAUCGUAGCGAGAACAGCAAAUUUAUAUUUUUCCAAUUAAUGCAAAAGGAAUUGUAAAAGUUCUUAUGAGAUCAUUUUGUAAGAACGUAAUUUUUUCGUAAUCGCAGAAAAUUCGUUCAAUACCAGAGGCAUUAUUGAAAAAUGGAUGAAGUACUACGUGCGGAGAGCACGUAACGCUCUUGACAGUUCUCUUUUCUCAUUAAUUAUAUUAAUAAUCUUUUUAGAACCAAGAAGAGAUGGAACAGUGAACUGUUUUUUAUACUUUUACCAUUUAAUAGAAUAUGCAACCUACUUUUAUACACAAGGUCAAGAACUGAUGGAAGAAGAACGAGCAUAUACCUGUUAUAUGCCCGUGAAUGUAUCUCAGGAUGUGUGUGCGUGUGCAUAGAUCUAUACAAAUCGCUAAUAUUGUACAUAGCAAAGUGAUGCGAUUGCAAGAAGAGACUAACAGAUCCUUCCAUUUGUUUAAGAGGGUAUGAUUGCGUUUGUUUAAUUUCUACCGUAGGCUCGUUAAUCUAUCGUCAGUAAUUCCAUCGUCACUUUAUCAUGGAAUACUGGUUUAUAUAUAUUUACACAGAUUUUAUAUUUAUUUCAAUGUAAUAUACAAUUAUAUUCGUUAAUCUUGAGAGCUUUCAUGAGAUGAUUGUCGAUGUGUGUUCUAGCAAUCUAAGAAUAAGUUAUUAUAAGUUAUUAAAGAAAUAUUCAGAUAAAA